AUGGAUGUCAAAAACGCCUUCCUACAAGGAGAAUUAAAGGAAGAAGUUUACAUGACACCACCACCGGGUCUUGAAGACAUGAUCGCUCCGGGAAAGGUAUUGAGACUAUGGAAAGCUAUAUAUGGUUUAAAGCAAUCACCACGAGCCUGGUACCACAAGUUGAGCAGCACACUUAUUGGUUAUGGCUUCAAGAGAACACACUCGGACAACUCUCUCUUCACUCAUCAAAGCGAUAAAGGUAUAAUGGUUGUCCUUGUUUAUGUAGAUGAUCUUAUCAUCUCUAGGGACAACCAAGAAGGUAUAAAGGAUAUCAAAGCUCAUUUAAAUUCUGUGUUUGAUAUAAAAGACCUUGGUGAACUUAAGUACUUCCUUGGGAUUGAAGUGUGUCGUUCUCCGGAAGGCCUAUUUCUUUCCCAACGAAAGUACACCCUUGAUUUACUUUGUGAAACAGGAAUGUUAGGAGCUAAACCGGUUGACACUCCGCUCCCUGAUGGCUACCAAGUUGAACGCAAGGGGGAGAGGAAUGACCCACCAUACGAAGAUCCCUCACGCUAUCGCCGUCUAGUGGGUAAGCUUAUCUACUUAACACUUACGCGACCUGACAUUUGCUAUGCUGUGAAUCAGGUUAGCCAGUACAUGAAAGCUCCAACAACAUAUCACUGGAGUCUCUUGCAAAGAAUUCUUCACUAUCUCAAGAAGAGCCCCGGCCAAGGCAUAUGGAUGGGCAAGAAUGACAAUACCGAGCUUGUAGGAUAUUGUGAUGCGGAUUGGGGUGGCGAUAGGACGGAUCGAAGAUCUGUCACAGGCUACUGCACCUUCAUAGGAGGUAACCAAGUCACGUGGAAGACCAAGAAGCAAAAGGUGGUCUCGAUGUCAAGUGCCGAAUCUGAGUAUAGAGCAAUGCGGAAGCUGACCACCGAGCUCACAUGGCUCAAGGCAUUGUUAGAAGAGCUAGGCAUCAAACCAUCAACACCAAUCCCUAUGCAUUGUGACAAUGAAGCCGCAAUCCACAUAGCCACAAACUCGGUGUUCCAUGAAAGAACCAAACACAUCGAGUUGGACUGCCACAAAGUUAGAGAGAAGAUUGAAGAAGGAGUCACACUCCCAUAUCAUACACCAAGCGUGGAUCAACUCGCUGACAUUCUCACCAAGGCCGCCUGUCGUAAAGUUUGUGAUCACAUUCAUCCCAAGCUUGGACUGGUGGACUUGACACACCCUUGA